AUGAUAAGAAAUGAAAAGAACGAAGGAGAAGCUGAAAUAAAAGAGGACAACAAAGAAGCAAUAAAAAAAGAUAAAAAGGUGAAAGACAUAAAGAAAUAUGACAAAAAGAGUAGAGUGGAGGAAGAUAAAAAGGAAGAAAAAGCCAAACAAAAUAAGGAAGAAGGAAAUUUAGAGAAAAAUGAAAGUGACAAAAAAUUAAAGAGAGAAGAGAAAGAUGAGAAAAUGAAGAUGGAUGGCAGAAAUAAAGUAGAGUUAAAGAGUGGAAAGAAUAAUGAAACAAGAAAAGAUAAAAGAAAUGGGAAAGUAGAUAAAAAUAUAAAAAAUGAUAGAACACUCAAUAUCCAAGGAGCUGAAAGUGUAAAGAGGGAUGGAAAAGAAAAGAGAAAUCAAAUAGUUGAGAGAGUGAAAGAGGAUGAGAAAAAUGAGGAAGUAAGAAUGGAUGAAAGAGCGAAAUUAUUGAUAAGAACGAAAACUAUGAAGGACAAUAAGAACGUGGAUAUGGUAGACGAUAAAAUUAUUGGAAUUUUAACUCCCGAGAUGGCUAAUGAAAUGAAAAUACGAGGAGUCAUUUUCUACGAAAAUCUCGGCAAAGGAACAUUUUCUAUUGUGAAGAGAGGUUGGUGCAAUGUGUUAGCCAAAAUGGUUGCUAUAAAAAUAAUCGACAUAAGGAAAGAUUCAAGAUACACGAGAAAAUGUUUGCCACGUGAGAUUGAACUUGUUCGAAAGUUGAAACAUGACAAUAUUAUUAAAGUUUAUGAAGUAAUUGAAAAAAACCCUUACGUUUGUAUUAUACAAGAUUUUACGACUAGAGGUGAUCUGUUACAAAAAAUAAGACGUGAAAGUAAAGUUGAUGAAAACGAAGGGAAAAUACAUUUUCGACAACUUAUUGAGGCAAUGAAGUAUUUAAAAUCAAUGGAAGUUGUACAUCGCGAUAUUAAAUGCGAGAAUAUAUUGCUCGAUUCAUGCGAAAACGUUAAAAUUACCGAUUUUGGUUUUGCGCGAUUAUUGAAAAUUGGCGAAAAAUCAAAAACAUUUUGCGGUUCUCGAGCGUACCUAGCUCCAGAAAUUAUUAGAGCGCAACCAUAUGAUGGAUAUCUAUCGGAUAUAUGGAGUGCGGGGAUUGUACUGUAUGUGAUGAUAACGGGAAUGAUGCCUUAUGAUGAUAGGAAUGUGCAAAAAAUGUUGGAAAGACAAUUGCAACAUAGAAUAGCAUAUCCACAAGCAGCAAAGAUAAGUAUGGAUGUGAAACGAUUAAUAUUUGAUAUCCUUCAUCCGAUACCUCAUAAAAGAUUAACAAUUGAUCAAAUGAUAAGCUCCAAAUGGUUGGCUGAUGUGAAAUAUCAUAUAUUAGAUCAACCUGUUAACGAUUCUUUAACAUCCGAUUCUGAUAAUAUUAUGUGA